AUGUUCCGCUUGUCCAGCAGCUACAUGGGAGCAAACAUCAUGGACGACUCGUCCGGAAGCGCUUCAGCUUCGCGCCCACCUCCGAGCUCAUACAGCGUGACCAUCUCACUGGCUUCGAACAAAUCCGGCGAUCGCCGGGUCAUCGAGAUAGCUGCUGGCAAGCCCGUCCAAAUUGGCCGCUCCUCGAAGUCGGGCUUCAAGGGCCUCUACGCCUCGUCCACGAACGCUCUCUUCGACUGCGCAGUGGUGUCUCGCGACCACGCCGAGCUGGCCAUGACCUCACCUUGGCAUGGCAUACCCCCUCGAGUCACCAUAACGGACAAGGGCAGCUUGCACGGCACCACAGUGAACGGCAGGAAACUCGAGAAUGGAGCACCAUUUGACCUUCACACUGGCGAUGUCAUUGAGCUGGGCGAGAAGAUCACCAGAGGAGAAGAUGCCCACGAAGGCGUGUCACUCACCUUCAAGCGAUACGAGCCCGAACACUACCGCCCGACAAGCCCAUCGCCUGUCAUGAAUCGCGGCUACCAAGUCCCCGAUUCUCCCGAGCAAGAGGCGUCAGAUUAUGAUAGCAACAUCGAUCUCGAGUCACUAUACGACUACGCCAACCAGCAGUCUUCCGCCAAGACCACCCCCGAACAGCCAAAGCACAAGAGCGGCACCCAGAAGUCGCCCAUCAACCUCGAGGGCGCUGCUGGCCCAAGCAUUGUCGACCUUUCACAGGACGAUGACGAGCUAGUCGUCAUGCCAGCCGCUCACAAGGGGAACGAGUCCAUUGUCAUCGCCGAGACAUACGACGAAGAAGAAGAGCUGCUCGUGCCUGAGUCGGUACCAGUCGACACAGUGGUCGAGGCAGCAUCGGCCAAUGCAGAGAACCUCGCCGACCAGGACAUCGCAGACUCCGAUGCCUACGAUAUUGACGACGAUGUCGAAAGUGUUCGAAUGCAUAACACUGGACUUUGCCAGAUCUUGAUGGGACAAGACGGUGCUACUUCAGACAUCGAGAAUCGCGAGCACGAAGAUGACGACGAGGCCGAAGAUUCCGAGGACAAAGAUGUCGAGUACGGCUAUGAGAGUAUCGAUGAUGCUGACGAACAGUCGGAUGGUGCUGAUUCCGAUCUCAACAACUACGAUUCUGAGCCAGAGUCCAACGUCGAAGAGCCGUCCGAGCUGUACUCAAGCACUCACUUGCAGCAGGAGUCUCCAGAACCAGAUGAGCCGCAGCAACCUAUCAAGACCUCGACUAUCCACUCGGUCCUCGCCGCCGAACAGCCAAAGCCCAAGGCACAGUACGAUCCGGUGCGAAGCUCGCAGCAGUCCGCUACAGGUGGACCUUUCGCUGCCGCGUCAAUGCCCUCAGCAUCUGCUUACGUGUAUGGCUACCCUGGAUAUGGAUCUUACGAAAUGCCGGCUACUGACUUCUCCGACAGUAGUCGUUGGGACAUGCAGCCUGCCACUAUACCUUACGCCUCUCAGUUUGGCAGUCAACAGUACUACCCGGCUCCAUACGGUGCAGCAGCGGCAACACCUUUCGGAGGAUCGUUCACGGCUCCGACCAUGUUCGAUGCUCCUCAGCAGUCUGCGACAUUUGCCGCUCCCAGCAAUGUCGACCAAUCUCGUCCACAGAGCUACACCAAUCCGUUCAUGCCGGCGCAGAUGCCAGCGCAGAUGAGAGCAAUGACUGCGGACACGCCAGCUCAGGCGAUUACGGACGUCUCACCUUCCAAGGUCGCAGGCAAGAUCGCCAUCACGGACAUUGUCGAUGAGCAGCCACAUUUAGCUACUGAAGCCGCUGACGAGACAUCGGCGAUGCUCGCAGAGGCUGAGAAGAUGGUCGCAGCAGCUAACGCCGACGACAACAGCGCUGGCUUUUCGAACAGCACCAAGCGGAAGGCAAACGACUUGGAGACAGUGGCUAUGACUGAAACACCACAGCAACCGACCAAGAAAUCAAAGCAGGAAGUCACAGACAAGGAUUCGGCUUCCCGAGCGCCAGCGAGACGUACCAAGUCACGCAGUACCGUACGACGCGUCGCAACAUCGGCCGCUCAGUAUGCCACUGCUGCCGCCUUUGGCGGCGCGGCCACUAUCGCCUUUCUGAGCAGCCCAUAUGCACAGUCUCUGAUCGACUUCCUGGGUUGA